AACAAAGGGAGAAGACAGGUGUGGCUUUCUUCACUGGAGAAGUUACAUGACCCGUUCCUCACUUCAACCAUAGAAUGGAUGAUGGUUACCGGAACAGCCCAAACCUCUACCACGGGGCAAGAGAUAUAGCUCGAGAGGCAGCCCGGCAACCGUGGAACCAAGGAAUGGAUGACUACAAGUAUCAGGAUAACUAUGAGGGCUAUGCCCCUAGUGAUGGCUAUUAUCGGGGAGGCAAUGAGUCCAACCAGGAAGAGGAUGCACAGAGUGAUGCUACAGAAGGCCACGACGAGGAGGAUGAAAUCUACGAGGGCGAGUACCAGGGCAUCCCCCACCCAGAUGAUGUCAAGGGCAAGCAGGCCAAGAUGGCGCCCUCCGGAGCAGAUGGUUUCCGGGGCCAGACAGACCUGAUGGCUGAGCGGAUGGAAGAUGAAGAGCAGUUGGCCCACCAGUAUGAGACGAUCAUUGAGGAGUGUGGUCACGGGCGUUUCCAGUGGGCUCUCUUUUUUGUCUUGGGGUUAGCCCUGAUGGCCGAUGGGGUGGAGAUAUUUGUGGUGAGUUUUGCCCUGCCCAGUGCCGAGAAGGACAUGUGUCUUUCUAGUUCCAAGAAAGGAAUGCUUGGGAUGAUAGUCUACUUAGGAAUGAUGGCAGGGGCCUUCAUCCUGGGGGGCCUGGCUGAUAAGCUGGGGAGGAAGAGAGUCCUCAGCAUUUCUCUGGCCAUCAAUGCCUCCUUCGCCUCCCUCUCCUCCUUCGUGCAGGGAUACGGAGCCUUCCUCUUCUGCAGACUCAUCUCAGGCAUAGGGAUUGGAGGCGCUCUGCCCAUUGUUUUUGCUUAUUUUUCUGAAUUCUUGUCUCGGGAGAAACGAGGAGAACACCUCAGCUGGCUGGGCAUCUUCUGGAUGACGGGGGGUCUUUAUGCAUCGGUCAUGGCCUGGAGCAUUAUUCCACACUAUGGCUGGGGCUUCAGCAUGGGGACCAACUACCACUUCCACAGCUGGAGGGUGUUCGUCAUUGUCUGUGCACUGCCCUGUGCCGUGUCCUCCAUAGCCUUGAAGUUUAUGCCGGAGAGCCCCCGCUUUCUGCUCGAGAUGGGCAAGCAUGACGAAGCCUGGAUGAUCCUCAAACAAGUCCACGACACCAACAUGAGGGCCAAGGGGACCCCUGAGAAGGUGUUCACGGUUUCCCAUAUCAAAACACCCAAGCAAAUGGAUGAAUUCAUCGAGAUCCAAAGUUCAACAGGGACUUGGUAUCAGCGCUGGCUGGUCCGAUUCACCACCACAUUCAAGCAGGUCUGGGACAACGCCCUGUACUGUGUGAUGGGCCCCUACCGAAUGAACACCCUCAUUCUGGCCGUGGUCUGGUUCACCAUGGCAUUAAGUUACUACGGGCUGACCGUCUGGUUUCCUGACAUGAUCCGCUACUAUCAAGACGAAGAAUACAAGUCGAAGAUGAAGGUGUUUUUGGGGGAGCACGUGUAUGGCGCCACGAUCAACUUCACGAUGGAAAAUCAGAUCCACCAACACGGGAAGCUUGUGAAUGACAAGUUCACGAAGAUGUACUUUAAACAUGUCCUUUUUGAGGACACGUAUUUUGACAAGUGCUAUUUUGAAGAUGUCACAUCGACGGAUACCUAUUUCAAAAACUGCACCAUCGAAUCCACCUUCUUUUAUAAUACAGACCUCUACAAGCACAAGUUCAUCGACUGCCGGUUCAUCAACACCACCUUCCUGGAGCAGAAGGAAGGCUGCCACAUGGACUUUGAGGAAGACAACGAUUUCCUGAUUUACCUCGUCAGCUUCCUGGGCAGUCUGUCGGUGUUGCCCGGGAACAUCAUCUCUGCCCUGCUCAUGGAUAGAGUUGGGAGGCUGAAGAUGAUGGGCGGCUCCAUGCUGAUCUCAGCCGUCUGCUGCUUCUUCCUGUUUUUUGGCAACAGCGAGUCUGCGAUGAUCGGCUGGCAAUGCCUGUUCUGUGGGACUAGCAUUGGGGCCUGGAAUGCGCUGGAUGUGAUCACAGUGGAGCUGUACCCCACCAACCAGAGGGCAACAGCCUUUGGCAUCCUCAAUGGAUUGUGCAAAUUUGGCGCCAUCCUGGGAAACACAAUCUUUGCUUCUUUCGUGGGAAUAACCAAAGUGGUUCCCAUCCUCCUGGCUGCAGCUUCUCUGGUUGGGGGUGGCCUGAUUGCCCUGCGGCUGCCAGAGACUCGAGAACAAGUCCUGAUGUGA